AUGGCCUCAUGCGAGCAUCUGGAGAUAUUUGACGACGACGGCACCUUCGAGACCAAGGCGGAGCUGCUGCGCAUGCCGCCCCCCGGCGCCUCCCUCGCCCGCCUGCGGUCCAUCGGCACUCUCCUGCUGGAGAGUGGUCAGGAUGACCGGACAGCGGCCAACCUGCGGCAGGCCCUUGUGGAGCGGGGAUGCCGCAAGUCCCUUCGCAAGCUGCCCAUCGACGGGUGGACGAUCAGAGCUGCGCACGAGGAUGUGCUGCGGGAAGUGGCGUCGCUGUCGGAGUCAGUGCUGCAGCCGGAGGCCCUCAGCCAGCCGCAGGUCGUCAAGAAGGCAGACCAUCUCGAGAUGGAGCUGGAGCUCAUCGAGUGGAUGGCCAAUGAAAGACCUCAGGUAGCCAAGACACCACGGGCGGCUGCGCCUCAACACCUUCAGGCACAAUUGCCCCCAAUGCGGUCUGUCUGUGUGCAAGCAGGUGCAGAAGCUCGUCCGUGAGUUUGCCGCUGUCGCUGACGUAGUGGAGUAUGAGGACGAGCUCACCGACCCCAACGCCGCCGCACACGCGGCCGCAUAUUUCCCCAGCGCCACCACAUUCCGCUGCUCGCCGAGAGAGCUGCUUCCACCGGUGCGGAGCGGCCUGGCCAAGACGGUCGCCAACAUGUCCCGGUGCAGCACCAUCGACUUCGUGGAUGAUGUCGAGGUGCACCAGGACGCGCCGAAGAAUGCUGUGGCCUUCCUGGAGUCACUCAAGAGGCAGAUGGCCACAGAGGAGGGGCAGGGGGGCGGCGAGGGCGAGGGCGAGAGGCGCCUGUCGGUGAAGAUCGAGGUGUCGGUGACUGGCAUCUUACAUCGUAGCCGGCCGCUGCAGCUGUGGGCCAGCCACGACCUGCCGGCCAUCGACGACGUCUGCAUCAGAGUCAUGGGUAAGCAGGGCCACACGAGGUAGAUAGCCCACCUGAGCAACACACGCAUCACAUUCUAUGUAUGUUGGCUGCUGUGUGCAGCCGGGCUAGGAGAGGACGACUCGAUGGAGGCCUUGUACGGCUCGGUGAUGGCGUCGCUCGUCGGCAUCAUUUCGCGACCCGGUGUGAGCAAGGCCUCUGCAUUCCUCUGCGGCUCUGUGCGUGAGGGCGUGCGGCGGCUGUUCAACACGCACCUGGCGGUGUUCAACCUGCUGUGCACACCGUACACCAUCACCAUGGAGGACGACACCAUCACCGUCGAGACACGCACAUAG